AUGUCCCAUAAAUGUGCUAAAGGAAUCAUAAAAUAUUUCUUAUUCAUCCUAAACCUUUUAUGUGCAAUUGUCGGUAUUGUGCUGAUAGUUCACGGAGGUUUGGCUUUAGCAAAGGUUACAGAUCUUAAGAAUGUUUUACCAACUGAUUAUCUUUCUGAUCUUAUUCCGACAAUUGUCAUAUUCCUUGGAGUUUUCAUCUUUUUCAUAUCAUUUUUGGGAUGCUGUGGCGCAAUUCAAUCACACGUCUGUCUAUUGGAAACAUAUUCGAUUUGUUUACUUUUACUUGUCAUGUUUCAAGUAAUGCUUGCCUGUUUCAUCUUUUUGUUUGUUGAUGAUGUUCAAAAAGAGUCAGUAAGAAGUUUCAGUCGCAUGUGGCGUUCAAGAGGUACAUCGAGAGACAGUCGUGUAAUGGUGGAUAUGAUUCAGGAAAAUUUGGAGUGUUGUGGAUCAAACAGCUUUUUAAACUACAGUUUGGACAAAAUUCCAAAAUCAUGCUGCAAACGUGGUGUCGAUUUCUGUACACGUGAACAAACUUUCUAUGUUGGAUGCAAAAUGCAAUUGGAAGACUCUAUCAAAUCUUCAGCUCAAACGAUAUCUUAUUUAUGUUUGGGAGCUGGAAUCAUUGAACUUUUAGGAGCUAUUAUGGGAUUUAUUUUAAGUGGUUACAUAAGAAAAGUUCAAGCAAUACGAAGAUGUUGUUUCGGAUAG